AUGGGCGCACCCACUGUUAUUAUUCCCCAAUUAAGAGAAGAAGCAAAUGCAACUGCUAUAAUUUCACCAGAGAUGACAUCUUGGUUGUCAUCUAUUUCAACUUACAGCGCGAUUCCUUGGGCAGUAAUUUUGCCUAUGAUAGCAUACCGUUUUGGAAGAAAAAUUCCUUUGAUAUUAGUUAGUCUUAAUGUGUUAAUUGGGAAUAUAAUAUUUUAUUGUAGUGAUAGCAUCAAAGAACUUAUUCUUAGUCAAGGCUUGUUAGGAAUAUUCGUAGGCGCAACAAUAACAGUAUCCGUCAUGGUUAUGUCUGAGUACACUUCGCCUAAAUACAGAGGUAUUUUUUUAACUUUCAAAAGUGCUACAUUAUUUUGGGGAGUUUGGGUAUCAAAUGCUAUUGGAACGUUCUUUCAUUGGAAAAACAUUGGCAUUGUUAUUUUUGUUUGUGCUAUUUACAAUCUAAUAUCGUGCAUAUUUUACUACGAAUCACCUUAUUGGUUGGCGACAAAAGGACAUUUUGGUGAAUGUGCAAAAGUUCACCGAUGGCUUAAAGGCACAGAUGAAGACUCAGAAAAUGAACUGAGAAAGCUUAUUACGUCACAAAAGGAACAUUUAAAUUUAAAACUAGGUGAGCGAGCAAAACGUGGCAAAAUUGAUAAGAUCUUAAAUGUUAUACGCAGUAAGGGUUUUUAUAAGCCUCUCGCAUAUGCAAGUUUACCAAUAUUUCUGUACAACUUAUCCGGGAAGGUAGCUUGCGCUGUGUAUGCUAUAGAUAUUAUAAAAAAGAUCACAUCUAGUGAACGAAUGGCAUACGAGGGAAUGCUUAUAUUGGAUGCUGUGACUGUGGUAGGUAUGUACUUAGGAUGUGCAUUAUGUAAAAUAGUAACGCGUCGAAAGCAAUUGUUAAUUUUUUCUUCCACAGGAGUUGGUUUCCUAUAUAUCUUGGCAAUAUACUUAUAUCUGAUUAAAUUGAAUAUUUUAUCUGGCAACAAUUAUGUUUCUUUGUUCUUCUUGAUGGGAUUUUCAAUAAGCAUUAGCUGUGGACCAAUAAUUCUUUCAGCUACAUGUUCAGCAGAGUUGUCACCAUUACGAUACAGGAGUUAUUUUGUUUGUUGUCUUGGACUUUUAUCAUAUACGACUUUUGCGACAACACUAAAAGUUUCACCGCUAGUUUUUGAACAUUGUGGUACACAUGGAGCGUUCCUAUUUUACGGCGUAUCAGCAAACGUUUUUGUUUAUCUUUUAUACAAAUAUUUGCCAGAAACAAAAGAUAAAACAAUUCAAGAAAUACAGGAUUUGAUAGAAGGUGUUACUCAGAAUCCUUCAGUCAAUACAGAACUCCUUCGGUAA